AUGGCUUCCGCAGACUCUUCCCUUAGGUGGAAACACCUCCACAAGGUAUUAACUAGGCCGGGACCAUUCAGCGAUGAAGACUGGGUGCCCGGUCCAGAGACCAUUGGUGCUUUGGAGACAUCAAAAAUCCUAGUUAUCGGGGCUGGAGGUUUAGGAUGUGAGAUCCUGAAGAACCUUGCUUUGUCAGGCUUCAAGGAUAUCCAUGUUAUUGAUAUGGGCAAGUCUUUCCCCUAUCACUUUUUUUUAUUUCGUCAAUCUGACAUCGGCAAACCUAAAGCCGAGGUUGCCGCGGCUUUCGUAGAGAGACGAGUCAAAGGUGUCAAAAUUACACCUUAUGUAGGGAAGAUUCAAGAUAAGGAUGAGGAUUACUACAUGCAGUUCAAGAUAGUCGUUUGCGGUCUCGAUAGCAUAGAAGCGAGACGAUGGAUCAAUGCCACCCUUAUUGGCAUGGUUGAUCCUGAGAACCCUGAGAGCCUGAAGCCUCUCAUUGAUGGAGGAACUGAAGGCUUCAAAGGGCAAGCGCGUGUUAUUCUACCAACCCUGUCGUCGUGCAUUGAAUGCCAGCUUGACAUGCACGCACCCCGCCCUGCGGUUCCGCUGUGCACAAUUGCGACUAUCCCUCGGCAGCCCCAACAUUGUAUCGAGUGGGCGCACCAGAUCGCCUGGCAGGAAAAGCGCAAGGACGACCCAUUCGAUAGUGAUGAUCUUGACCACAUUGGUUGGGUGUAUAAUGCAGCUCUUGAGCGAGCAAAGCAAUUUCAUAUUCACGGAGUCACCUUCCAGAUGACCCAGGGUGUAGUCAAGAACAUUAUUCCUGCAAUCGCCUCCACAAACGCCGUCAUUGCCGCUGCGACAACAUCUGAGGCAUUAAAAAUCGCCACAUCGUGCAACCCGUACCUUGAUAACUAUAUGAUGUACGCCGGUGAAGAAGGUGUGUACACAUAUACGUUCGAGGCUGAAAAGAAACCGGAUUGCCCUGUCUGUGGCAACCUCGCGCGAAAUAUGACCGUUGAUCCGGACAUGACCCUACAAGAGUACAUCGACACUCUUGGCGACCUGCCGGAAGCUCAGCUUAAGAAGCCUAGCAUGAGAACGGAAGAAAAGACCCUCUACCAGCGUUUCCCCCCCCAAUUGGAGGAACAGACCAGGGUCAAUCUGAACUCUAAGCUUAGGGAUUUAGUAGAAGACGGGCAAGAGAUAGCAGUCAGCGACCCCGCUUACACCAUCGAUUUCCGCUACCGGUUGUUGUUCAAAUAA